AUGUUUAAUAGAUUAGCUAGAACAACUGGUAUUUUAAAUAAUAUUUCAAAACGAAGAUUUUCAUUAAAUUCUAAAUGGUUUCAACAAUCAAAAUUAGACGCCUCUCGUUUAAGAAUUAUUAGUACCAAAGAACCAACACAACCAAUUCCAAAUGAUCAAUUAGUGUUUGGAAAAACAUUCACGGACCAUAUGUUGACGAUUGAAUGGACAAAAGAAGAAGGUUGGAAAGAUCCAGUUAUUAGACCGUAUGGUCCUUUAACCUUAGAUCCUGCCUCUUGUGUUUUUCAUUAUGCUUUUGAGUUAUUUGAAGGAUUAAAAGCCUAUAGGACUAUUGAUGAUAAAAUUACAAUGUUUAGGCCAGAUAUGAAUAUGAAACGUAUGAAUAAAUCGGCUCAUAGAAUUUGUUUGCCUACUUUCGAUUCAGAUGAAUUAAUUAAGUUAACAGGUGAACUUAUUAAACAGGAUAAGCAUUUAAUACCAAGUGGAAAGGGUUAUUCUUUAUAUAUUAGGCCUACUUUAAUUGGAACUACAAGCACAUUAGGCGUCGGAAAACCAGAUAAAGCGCUACUAUUUGUAAUUAAUUCUCCAGUUGGUCCUUAUUAUAAAACCGGAUUCAAAGCAGUUAGCCUUGAGGCUACAGAUUAUGCUACCAGAGCUUGGCCAGGGGGUGUCGGUGAUAAAAAAUUAGGUGCAAACUAUGCACCAUGCGUUUUACCUCAAUUGCAAGCCUCAGAAAGGGGCUAUCAACAAAAUUUAUGGUUAUUUGGUCCUGAAAAAUAUAUUACUGAAGUUGGUACAAUGAAUGUCUUUUUUGUUUUUAAAAAUUCAAAGACUGGCAAAAAGGAGCUAGUCACUGCACCAUUAGAUGGCACAAUAUUAGAAGGCGUUACAAGAGAUUCCAUUUUGACUCUCGCAAAAGAAAAUCUAAGUCCUAUUAAUUGGGAAAUUAACGAGCGUUAUUUUUCAAUAAACGAGGUCAUAGAUCGCUCUAAAAACGAUGAGCUUGUAGAAGCCUUUGGUUCUGGUACAGCUGCUGUUGUCUCACCUAUUAAGGAAAUAGGUUACAGAGAUUAUAAAAUUAAAGUACCACUACUGCCAGGUGAACAGUCUGGUGAACUUACAAAACUUGUUGCAAAAUGGAUUAGUGAUAUUCAAUAUGGUAAUGUACAGCAUGGUAAUUGGUCUAAAAUCGUAGCAGACUUAAAUGCAUAUUAG